UGAUAUCAUCAUUUAGUUGAACUGGUGAAUAAAAUAUGUCGAUAUAAAAAGUGAUUGUAUGCAAAAAAAAUCAAUUACAUAUUCAACUAAAAAAUAAAACAGAACCUUAAAGAGGAUGUCUUGAACCAUAGCUCACAAAUGUUUCAACAAAAUCUAAAGAUUUAUUUGAACAAUAAAACCAAAACUGGUCAAUAAUAAAACAUACAGCUAAUUGAUGCUCAUUAGCUUCAUUAAAGCAGAACUCGGUUUUUUGUAUGUAACAGAUAAAUUGAUGAGUAAUUGGAGAAAUGUCUAGAGUAUUAAAAAUAAAAUAUGUAAAUAAUAAAAUCAAAAUGAGUCGAGGACUUGAUUGAGAUAAACAGAGAUCGUUAAUGAUAAAAAAUGAUUGAACAAAGAUAAAAAGACGGAGUAUUAAAGACGCGCGAGAUACCAUAAAGGACGGCGCAUAAGAGGGGUAGUAUGUUCCUAUUAUUCUAGGGUGAGGCUAGUCUCUGAGACGAGGGUAAAAGUGGGGGAAUACUCGUGAGAGCAUUGGCUGGAGAAGGGGAUGAUACCCGGGAGAGGGGCCACUGGCUGCGUGGUGUGAUAUGAAGCAGACGAAGCUCCCGCCAGUUCUUAAAAGAAGCUUGAGGAGGUCAGGCCGACCCCAACUGUUGUACUCGCGGUCAGGACGACCGCAGAAACCUGACGAUCGCGUAUGCCGCGCAUUCACCACCAAAGUGUGAUCCUCUAUCCCCCGAAUACAUUUUUUAUCCCUAAUCACAGCCACAUCAAACGUUUUCGUGACUUCAUCCACCCGUUGAUCCAGUGCAAAAGCUCAACCUGUGCAACGACGAGUUCUGGUGUUUGUGGUUUAUUUGUGAGUGGAUUUAGAGGAUUUUGGAGAAAUAGAAGAAAGACACUUCGUUUCAUGAAACCCUCUGACCUGACCUUGGGGCGGCCGGACCAGAAUCAUCGAAUAAUGUGAGAAAAAACAACAAAAAUGCCCAGUAAGGCUCGGCCUCGUCGUGAGUGGCCAUCCGAGUCCCUCAUCAAUGUCUUGUGGAUACCCCGCUCCGCCAUGAGGCCGGCCGAGGGCGAUACGUCAGACUGCAUCCUGGUAGUUGGCGUAUCUCGACCAAAGUUAGCCGCAGCUUUUCUCCUAGUGGCCCUUGUUUCGCUCUUCCUGACCUUUCAUAUCCUCUAUGAUAGUGCUAUUUAUAGCCUUGAUGCUGCUGUAUCAGUAUUCGAUUCCCAAGAAGAUCUUACGAAUGAAGUAGACCCACCAAAACGUCAUCAAGAACCACAAACACCAGGAACUCCCAACAAAAUUCACUUCUCAAGAACAAACCGUCAUCUACCCCAAGCUAUCAUCAUUGGAGUGCGCAAAUGUGGUACUCGUGCUCUCUUGGAGAUGCUUUUUCUUCAUCCACAAAUCCAGAAAGCAGCUGGUGAAGUUCAUUUUUUUGAUAGAGAUGAAAAUUAUGAACGAGGUCUUGAAUGGUAUCGAAAGAAAAUGCCAUAUUCACUCAAAGGUCAAAUCACCAUCGAAAAAAGUCCUAGUUAUUUCGUGACACCUGAGGUUCCAGAGCGUAUUCAUGCGAUGAAUGCGAGCAUCAAAUUGCUGCUGAUAGUACGAGAGCCAGUAACGAGAGCGAUUUCAGACUACACUCAGUUAAGAACUAGAGUAGCAACGACAUCAGCUGCAACGACUGCUGUAACAUCAACAUCAGUAACAGCAAUAGAAGAAGAAAAUCCACGACUACCAGCAUCAAGUCGAAGUUUUGAGGAGCUCGUGUUACGUUCAGAUGGUAGUAUAAAUGAGUCUUAUCGACCUAUUUCCAUCUCUCUCUAUCACAACUAUAUGCAUCGAUGGCUAGAGGUCUUCCCACGCGAACAAAUACUUGUAGUAAAUGGUGAUCAGCUUAUUGAGGAUCCAUUACCACAAUUAAAACGCAUUGAAACUUUCCUCGGUCUUGAAUCACGUAUUGGAAGACACAAUUUUUACUUCAAUCAUACAAAAGGCUUUUACUGUCUCCGCAAUGAGACCGCGGAUAAGUGCCUAAGAGAGAGUAAAGGCAGAAGACAUCCAAGAGUUGAUCCUCUCGUUGUUUCCAAGCUCAGGAAAUUCUUCAAUGAACAUAAUCAGCGGUUUUACGAACUCGUUGGCGAGGACCUUGGUUGGCCUGAAGAAUAAUUACAUAAUUACUUACAUCAAAGGUGACAAAGAUAAUAACAUUAAACUUAAAUCGUCUGAUAAGCAAUAAAAAUUAGGAUCAAAAUGCUCAGUGAGAUUAAUGAAUAUAGCUAUUAUUGUUCAUCAAACAAUUAAUAGAUAGCAAUAAUUUACUGAUAUAUUUGAAAAGUCUGAAAAAUUACUUUUUCAUUUGUUUAAAUGUCUUUUUAUAGGAUCAUUAUCUUGGUGAUAAUACUUCCAGUGAUACAGUAUCAUAUUGAACUUUCUUUCAUCAGCAAGAUGAUUCGAAUUUACUAUUUGAUCAUUACAAUCGUCAUUGAAGUUAAAUAAAUUCUAUGAGAUUAGUGAAAAAGAGGGUACCAAGUGUGAAAUACUAUUUUAUUGUUUGAGAGUUUUGCUAUUUUUGCAGAGUUCAUUUAUUAUUGGAUUUUUAAGCUGUUGAAUAUUUCUAAAAUGAAACUUAAAUUAGAAAAUCAAAAUAAAAGUUUAUAAAUAGAUACUAUCUAGGAUAAUUGAAUAAGUGUUUUUGAGAAACGUAAUGAUGGUUGAUAAAUUUAUUUAUCUGCAUCUGUACAUUUAAUAUCAUAUUGUGGUCUAAAUAAUACUUUAUGACAGGACAUUAAUUCCAUAAAUACUUCAAAUCAAGCAUGAAGGAUAUAAAUUAUAGUAUAAUAAUAUUUUUGAUAGAAAAAAACUUUACAACAUCAAUUAGGUUUGAUUGCAUUAUUAUAAAGUAAGCGUAGUUAUAACAAUGUUCCAGUUCAAAUUUUGUACAUUGUCCAAAAAAUAUUAAAACCACAAUUUUAUUUAUGAAAAAUAUUGUUGCUGAAGAGACAAAAAUUUAUUCAAGAUAAAACAACAUUUUCAAUAAAUUAUUUCUCAUAUAUUUCAUGGAAAAACGAGCUUAAAUGUCAUAUUAUCGUUUGAUUUAAUACUCUUUGUGACCCAAUUUAGUUCAUUUUGAUCCUCUAGAUCUCACCAACCGAAAAUGUGCCCAAUUAGAAAUUUUUGUGUGACUAAUGUCUCAUCAUAAAGUAUCAUUCACAUAGCCACAUAAUAAAAAUUAAAUGAUUCCUGGUAUAACAGUAAUGUUUGCUUGAUUACCAAGCCACGACAAACAAGAUCCUCAAGAGAGUAAAUAAGGUAGUUAAACAGAGUAAGUUCGAUUAUGUGAUUCUCACAAUAGUACUGCUAUAUAUUAGGGUUCACUAAUCCAUAUUCCGUAAUAUUUCUUAUCAUCGAAUAUUUUUUUUAAUAACACCAUUAUAUUACUAGGAAGUGAUUAAUCAGAAUUAAUAGAUAAUUUUAAAUUGAUUAAGAUGCUCAUUAAAGCUCACUGAACAUUUUAAUGUGCCUACCAGAAUGUAAGUAAUUAUCGUAAAUUUCAAUUAAGAGGAAAAUGAUGAGAGCUAUUUAUCCAUUUGCUCACGUCUUUAUGUCAGUUGAACCUUGAAGGAAAGAAUGAUUGCUCGCUGCGAUAUAAUCAAUGUCAACGAUGCUGAUAAAUUGGUAGCAACAAAGACGUCCUGGUGAGUGAUGACAGACGAAAAAAAUAAUUAUAAAAAGCUCUGGACUUGACAUAGAUCUCUGUGGAUCAUAUUGGUCCUUAGCUUAAUUCUACCGUAAGAUUUUAACAGUUAAUAUUAUCAGAUUUAAUAUUUUUAUAAUCCACAUUGGAAGUUGUUAUACCGUUGAUUGCUUUGUGAGAAUGUCACUGAAAACAAAAAAUAACCUGAAUCGGUUUCCAUGUGUUUUGUUUGGAUGUAUUAUUUAAUCAUUUAGUCUAAUUCAUUCACAACUGAUCUGUAUAUACGACUUGUUUUCUGUGUAAUUGGUAAACCGAUUCAGUAUACCUUGACUAAGAAUUUGGUCUGCAAAAUAAGCGGAUUCAAAAGCCUCACGUAUUCGCAACCUUCACCCUAACGAAUUCUUUGCUCUAGAAAGAGAUAGACGCCUAAGCUAAGGAUAAUUAAUUCCUCUCCGACACGAGAAACGUGACGAAUCUCAACGAAUUCCCAGAAACUAACAUAUAUACUAUCAUCACCAUCCAUCAUUCCCUCUUCACACCUAACCUCGCUUUAUUAUAUUUUCUUUUUUUUCACUCUAUUUUUUUACCUCCUUAUUUCUUUUUCAUUUUUUAUAUCGAAUGGGUGCCUAUGUAAUCUUCACUUUCCCUUCGACACAUUUAUCAAUAUAACCAAAUAACAAUUAAUUCAUUUAUUUUACCAACUUUUAUCUUUCGUGUAAAUUAUCGAUGAUGAGGGUGACUUAGAUCAACUUUCUGCCCGUAUAAUGUCUAAAUCGAUUCUUACGAAUCAUUGAAACGUGACAAAUUUAUCUUCUUCUCUUUAUUUUUAUCAUCAGAAAAGCUUGUUUUAUGCUCUAGUGAGUUUGAAAAUGCUAUUAAAUUCUUUUUCUGCAAAUUCGUCCAAUUUUUUUUCAUAUUCA